UUCCUGUCAUUUAUGAAGCAGUUUGCUAACUUUCUUUCAGUUCUGAAGCAACUGCGUUCUGUUUGAGGAAACCAAAAAAAUAUCUCAUAGCCACACGGCUGUAUCUCUCUAGGGCGUUGCAUUUCGACAACAGAAAUGCUUCAGGCAGUGUGUCUGAGGGGCCUUCUGCUGUUGUUGGUGGGAAGACAGGUCUACACUAACCAAUGUUCGAAAGGUUCAGUAAACACAUGUGGAGAGUGCAUCAGGUCUGGGCCUGGCUGUGCCUGGUGUAAAGACUUGAAUUUCACCAAGGAUGUGAAGCAGGAAGCAGCACGCUGUGACACAUAUACUUCGCUUAAAGAAAAAGGAUGUUCACCCAGCGGCAUAAUAAAUCCUAAAAACGAUUUUACAAAAAAGGCAGACAAGCCCCUAAAUGCUGGUAAAAAUCCAGUGCAGAUCCAACCACAAGAAAUACAGUUGGAUCUUAGACCAGGUAUGCCCUUCACUUUUCAACUACAUUUUAGAAGGGCACAAGGCUAUCCAGUAGAUCUCUACUACCUAAUGGAUCUCUCAUACUCCAUGAAAGAUGAUUUGAAGAAUGUGAAAAAUCUGGGGAAUAAAUUACUCGAAAAACUCAAUGGCAUCACUGGCAAUGCCAGGAUAGGCUUCGGUUCGUUUGUCGACAAAACACUUCUUCCAUACACCGACACCAAUGAAGCGAAGCUCCAACGGCCAUGCUCGGAUAAAAAUGAUCCAUGUCAGCCAGCAUUUGGCUUUCAACAUGUGCUUUCGCUGACAGACGAUGGAAACAGAUUCAAAACUAUGGUAGCCGAGCAGCAUAUAUCUGGAAAUCUGGACCCCCCAGAAGGAAGCCUGGAUGCCAUCAUGCAAGCCGCGGUCUGUGUGGACGAGAUUGGGUGGGGAAACAGCACUCGACUGCUGGUGUUGGCCACUGAUGAUGGCUUCCACAUGGCAGGGGAUGGAAAACUUGCUGCCAUUCUGGAACCAAACAAAGAAACCUGUCAGCUGGUCAACAAUAAGUACAGCAAGAGCAACCUAUGGGACUACCCAUCUGUUGGACAAAUAGCUCGCAAGCUGGAGGAUCACAACAUUCAACCAAUUUUUGCAGUCACAAAAAAAAUGGAAAGUGUGUACACCGAGCUGAGCAAACUGAUCCCUAAAUCUGCAGUAGGGGUGCUCUCUGAAGACUCGGGAAACGUUGUCAAUAUUAUUGUGGAUGCAUACAACAGCUUAACCUCUGAAGUGAUCAUGGCUCAUGAAGCCCUCCCAGACUACAUAAAAGUGAAAUACACUUCAAACUGUAUGGGUGGAGAACAAACCAGUGACCAGGGGAAAUGUAGUAAUGUGAACAUUGGUCAGGACGUGAUUUUUGAUGUGACUGUAACAGUAAAAAAAUGCAUUACCAGUCAUAGCUUCCAAAUCGGGCCAUUGGGCUUCAGUGAAAAACUGAAGGUGAACAUUCAGACUCGAUGCGAUUGUGAAUGUGAUGAUAUCAAUCAACCUCAUCCUCACUGUAAUGGUCACGGUAAAGUUGUCUGUGGUGGCUGCAGCUGUGAUCAGGGUUACCUAGGACAGCGCUGUGAAUGCCAAGUAGGCCAAAAGGAUGAGGCAUCAUUGAAAGCACAGUGCCAGAAGGACAACGGGACCGAAUGCGAAGGCAAAGGAGAUUGUGUGUGCGGACGAUGUCAGUGUCAUAAGACAGAGAGUGAUCUUUCCUUUUACUAUGGAGAAUUCUGUGAAUGCGACGAUGAGCACUGUGAAAAAUAUGACAAUAAACAGUGUGCAGGUCAUGGCAAGUGCAAAUGUGGUAAAUGUGAGUGUGAUGAAGGCUACGAGGGCGCAGCUUGUCAAUGUGCAAAAUCUGAUGAAAAAUGCAAAAUCGACGGAGUUGUUUGUCAUAACCGUGGGAAAUGCGUAUGUAACCAGUGUGAAUGUGAGAGAGGAUACAAGGUGCCCGCAUGCAAAUUCUGUUCUACUUGCCAACGUCCGUGUCAAGAGUCAGGGAGUUGUGUUGAAUGUUUGGCCUUUGGGACUGGUCCGCUUGAGAAGAGCUGCCCUGCAUCCUGUCAACAUCUGGAAGUUAAGAUUGUUGAUAAAAUGAUCAAAAGCGACUGUCGAGUCAAAGAUAAACUGGGCUGCUGGAUGUCAUUUACAAUGACGGAACAGCUUGGAUUUGACAAGUACUUUGUCAGUGUCCUCAAAGACAGAGAAUGUCCUGAGGGGCCAAACAUUGCAGCCAUCGUAGGAGGAUCUCUAGCAGCUGUGGCGUUGAUUGGUCUCCUGAUUCUCCUCAUCGUCAAGGCAGUUCUGUAUGCAAGCGACCUUAGAGAAUGGAAGAGAUUUGAAAAAGACAGAAAACAUGAAAAAACAUCUGGUACCAACCCGUUAUUCCAGAAUGCUACGACCACAGUUCAAAACCCAACAUUUUCUGGAGAUUCUUGAGAACUUGUUGGUGCUGAAUGCGUGGAGUGCAGAGCGUGUGUGUAUAAAUGAAUCUUUGUGUCUGAUGCAUGAUCAUUCAAUAAAAUGAAAGAGCUUUAACUUUU